AUGACCGAAAUUGCUUCUUUAGAUGAAAUGCUAUUCGCCUUCAUGGUCCCUCUGCUCCCUCACAUCUUCGAAAACCGCUUAGAACUAGACACAUCCUUUACCCAGCGAUUAACUUCUAUAUUUUUAGCUGAAGGAGCAUUGAUAUCUAUCAUCUCGAGCCCAUUUAUCGGGGAUAUAGCCGACCGCGCCAGCUCCAAGAAGGUUCUACUUCUCGUGUUGCUGGUCCUAACCCUGAUCAGCGUAUUAUGUCUAUCAAUCACUACAUCCCUAACCUGGCUCUUCAUCGGUCGCUUCUUCCAAUGCAUUGUCAGCAACGCAUUAUACAUCGUCAGCAUGGCUACAAUGGCCGAGAACAUUGGUUCAGAGCACAUAGGCAAGAUAGCAGGAUUAAGCUCAACCCUCACGGCAGCUGGAACAUGUUCCGGUCCUGUCAUUGCUGGGUUUCUCUUCGGAAUUGGAGGAUAUUGGACAGCAUGGGCUGGCGCCGCUCUAUUUCUCGUCGUGGAUAUCAUCAUGCGACUACUUAUGAUCGAAAAACCGCAGAAACGCCAUGAUGUCGCUUGUCGCAGUCACAAUGGAUCUCUAUCCGCUGAAGAACAUAUACCUUCAUCUGAAACAGAACCACUUCUCAAUGAAGAGCGGUCGUCGAUUACCGAGGAAAUCGGCGGCUGGCGCUUCUACUUCUAUCUUUUCCGUCAACCUUGCUUUACAGCGGGGAUUGCUUGCUAUUUCGUCUUUGCGCUGUUUAUUGCUAGUUUCGAGUCUACAAUUGCGAUGCAUGUCCGGUCCGCUUUUGGUUGGGGUGUUUUCCCCGUCGGGCUUUUGUUCGCGUCUAUACAGGGACCCGGGAUGAUUUUGGCUCCUCUUGUUGGGUUGUUGAAGGAUCGGGUGGGUUCGAGGGUUCCUACUACCAUUGGAUUUAUCUCUGUUGCGCCUUUUCUUUGGUUUCUUGGUGUCGCUGGCGAUGAGCGCUUUCCGUGGGCUACUUUGGGGACUAGAGGGAAGAUAAUUUAUGGAGUCUGUACGACUAUGAUUGGGUGUUUUACGUGCUUGCUUAUGGGGGUUGGGACGAUGGAAGCAACUGCAACCGUUGAUGAGUUGGAGGACUUGCAUCCUGGCAUAUUCGGCCCAUAUGGAGGGUAUUCUCGGGCCGUUGCUAUCACAAAUAUGAGCUGGAUGUCAGGUCUACUUGUCGGACCCAUCUUGGCUGGGUUUAUGGUUGAAAGAUUUGGGUAUUUUGAGCUGCAGUGUGUACUCGUGGUCAUUUCCUUGCUGGCUAGCGUCAACGCUGCCUUGAACCUCAGUUUAGCCACUCCGCAAAAGAAAGAGUGUGAUAAUGACUUCGGGAAUGAUGAACUCUAA